AUGGCAACCACCACCACCACCACUAGUCGCAGAGUUCGCCCUCCGUCGCCGAAUAUUAACCGGAGCACGAGUACAACCUCCUCGAUCUCUCUUCCGGUGUCUUUAAAUGCCUCAUUCUCGUCUUCUGGUUCAUCCUCUUCUUCCACUUCUCCCUCCAAUACAAGCAAACAUAUGACGAUAAGCAGAUCACAAUCCACAACGAGAUCUUCCAGACCCAACUCGGAAUCAAGAGGGAUGAUCCCGGCGAGGAACAGCGAGUCAAGAACUCACGAGGUGAACAACGGUAGAACCAGAGAGGCGUUUGCUCGCUACUUGGAGCAACGUGAGCGUGGUAGUCCUCGUAGUAACGCUUCAGGGAAAGGUGUAAAACCGGGAGCUAGCUCACCAUCGGCAUGGGCAUUGUCCCCAGGGAGAUCAGUUUCGACGAUGAAAACUUCUUUGUCCAGUUCAACUCCGGCGACUUCAAUGUGCCACACGCCGCCUGAGUCACCGAGGAGGAGUAUCACCGGUUUAGGCUUCUCCACAAUAGAUUAA